CGAACCAACCUCCCUUAGGCACUUUCUUAAGAGCUAAUCAAAAAAAAAAAAAAAAAAAUCUUCUUCUUCUUCCUCUUCAGACUUUUUUUCUUCUUUCACAAAUUUGACUUUCAAAGGAAAAAAAAAAAUGGUGACUACAUCGUCACGAACUAAGUCAAACGGGCCGGUGCUUCGUUCACAAUCACCGUCGGGUCGAUUUUGCGGUGGUUACUCAAGAGCCGUUCCGUCGUCUUCUUCAUCAGCUUUCGCUUCAUCGACGAGUUCUAGCUUUUCGUCUCCGUCAUCAGCUUUUUUCAGCAAUCACCGUCAUCACGAGAACAAUCACAGUCAUCACCGAUCUGCGUCACCGACUCGUGUGAAUCUCUACACAGCGCAACCGAUGUCUCAAUCGUUUCGAUAUUCUCUCGAUAGCAGAUCUAUAUCACCAACAAACAAAUCGAUCUCCGUAUCGAAGAAUCAGCCACCGAGCCACCACCACAGUCACAAGAUCUCAGAAACGAGAAGGAGAUGUAUGUGUUCUCCGACGACGCAUCCAGGAUCUUUCAGAUGUAGUCUACACAAGAACGUAGCGAAUCCACAUGGUCAAGGUACAGCUUCGUAUACAACGAAUGGAUUGAAUAUGCGUCGAUCUGCGAUGACUAAUUCGCUGGUGAGAAUUGGUGGUGUUGAAGGAGAGUGGGUGAGAAGAGCUUUGACGACUUUGAUUCGACCUUCUUCGCAUCAUUUGAAAAGACGAGCUGCUUAUCAGCCUCGUCCUAGUCGGCUCUCAAUCAUGGCCAAAGCUGAUGAUGAGAAUUGAUUUUAUCUGGAUUUUCAGAUUUCAGGUUUGUUUUGUUUGUUCUUCUCUCUUAAAAGAAAACCACCACAGGAUU